AUGGAAGGCCAGGACGCACUGCAAGCUGAGCUGCAGCACAAGGAAAGGGAGGUGGAGCAAAAAGAAAGGGCGGCAGCACCAGCUGUACCGGAGCAGGUGGAGAUAUUGGCAGAAGGCGAAGAGGAGGAAGGAGGUGAGGUCGCCGGCCAGGGGUUGGCGGACGAGGCUGAAGAGGAGGCACUGAACAGCGGCAAGCCCGUCAAGCCACGAAAGCUCUCCAAUCUCGAGCGCAAGCUGCAGGCCCGUGCCGCCCGACAGGCACCACGAGGCCGGCCCGCCCCCUCCGCCACCGGCGAGCCGGCCGAGCCCACCGACCCCUCCCUCAUGAGUUCGAUCGUGAUGGUGCCGCCGAUCGAGGCGUGGCCGGCCCUCCAAGCCAUCCGCCGCAUUCACGACACCGGCUUCGUAAGAUGGCUGCCGCACGUGAAUAUGAUCUACCCGUUCGUGCCCAACCAGCAGUUCCCGGAGGCCGCCCAGAAGCUCCGCGAGGCCCUGGCGUCGUUCCCGGCCUUUCGGGUGCGACUGCGCGAGUUGAGUUUCUUCAAGCACCACCGAAGCUGGACCGUGUGGCUCAAGCCCGAGACCGAGAGGGAGGUCGAGGAGAAGAUGGUCGAGUGGCAGAAGGAGUGGAAGGAGAUCGAGUUCGAUGUGACCGAGAUCUACCUCAUCAGCCGGCUCGGCGCCAACGACACGCCAUUCGACAUUCGCUACGCCAUCCCCCUCCAGCAAGCGUCGUCGACGGCCGAGCCCGAAACGACGACGGCCGUUCGAUUGCCUCCGCCGUCGUUCGUUCCGCAUCCGAUCGAGUGCGACGAGCGGGCCGAGGUGGAGUCGAAGACGCGGGUGAUCGUGUUCAACAUCCCGUUCGACGUGACGGAGGACGACCUCAUCGAGCUGUUCCGCGGGAUCGGCGAGCGGCUCAACAUCGCCAUCGACGACGUCAAGCUCAUCCGCAAGCCCAAGCAAAGCGCCAGGGCCAAGAAGAGCAGCACGGGACGAGCCUUUGUGGAGCUGAGAACGGCGGCCGAUCAGACAACCCUCCUCGAGAACGUCGGGGAGAUCGUACUCGGCGACCGCACGCUCGCCCUCCGUCCCGCCCAGGCCUGA